ACUACAAAUUGAUACGAGGAUCUAUGUAAGCACUGGUUUCCAGGAAAAUUUUCUUGAUCAUGUGACCGACGGACACGGAGACGCCCACUGAGCUAUUUUAUGAGACGCCCUUCUUCGCACGAUACCGGCUUAUCUGGAGUCUCGACUAAAGAUAUCAAAAAUCUUAUUUUUUCAAACUACAAAUUGAUACGAGGAUCUAUGUAAGCACUGGUUUCCAGGAAAAUUUUCUUGAUCAUGUGACCGACGGACACGGAGACGCCCACUGAGCUAUUUUAUGAGACGCCCUUCUUCGCACGAUACCGGCUUAUCUGGAGUCUCGACUAAAGAUAUCAAAAAUCUUAUUUUUUCAAACUACAAAUUGAUACGAGGAUCUAUAUAAGUCAUUUUUCUAGCUGAAAUUUCAAGAAGAACUCACAAAUCACAAUGUCAAUGAGCAGCAUACCCAGCAGUUCAUCCGAAGAGGAUUAUGAUGAUUAUGAUGAAAGAAUCCGCGAUCUGGAAAUAUUUAUCAAAGAAUUGCAACCAAAAAUGUUAAAUCUUAUGAAUGAAUUUGCUGAUGCGGAAAUGUUUCUUAUUGAUGGAGACUCGUUGUUAAUGGAACUUGCUUUAGAAAAGGAUUUAGAUUGGACUUAUAGCGGUCAAAUAUUGCAUCUGGUAUACCUUUUUGAACGAUACCUGCAUUUCUUUGUCCGUAAAGAUGGCAUUUUUCAAAUCAUCUUCUUCAAGAAUUUUGAAAACGUGUGGAAAUCGCAGCCAUGUGUUUACCUUGCACGUAAAAUUAUCUUGCAACAUCUUCUUGCAAAUGUCAGCUUUAAGGUUCUGUUUGAUUUUGAGAGUCCUUGGGAUCCUAAUUUUUUUAGUUACAUAAAGAAAUAUUCCCCAUCAUUUAUGCUUCUUUCUGAUGGUGAAAUCUUACAUGAACCCGAAAGACAAAGAUUGAUUCCUGAGAAUGCUCUUAGAAUCUUCGUUCUUCAUUUUUUGAAAGUUCUCAGCUUAGAAAUGAAUUGUGCGUUUACUUAUGGCAUAGAGUUUGGUACAUCCACUCUUAACGGUUUCCAUAUCAUGCAUUCCCAAAGAUUUAGAGAAUGGAAACUACCUACGCCAGACGGGUCCCGAGUAACCAGAGCGUUUGUAUCCUCUAGCAGUUUAACACAGGACAUUCAUCGUGCUGUGGUGAGUUUGAAAUCCGUCUCCUCCAUGUUUAAUACAGAAUGUCAAGAUGAGGUUGGCGCUAAUGAUUGUCGUCUUCUCCUUCACUCAGUAACAGCUGGUGUAUAUCUAAAAUUAUUUAGUGAAGGUCCCGGAAAUCAAGAUUUUCACCAUGAUAUCAUCCGUGUUCUGUUUAUUCAUGGUGUAAUACUCACACAAGUUUCAUUGAAGUACAGAUCAUUUUCUCUGGAUGACUUUAAACGUGUGUUUAAGAAUACAACGGUGGAGAGUCGGUUGAAAGAAAGCCUUGGAAAAUUGCAGUUUAUCAUGGCAGAAGUUCUUGAUGUAUUUAUCCAAGAAUCAAAAGAUGAAGACUCUCCUCGGUCGAUGAAAGGAGUAUGCGAUGCUUGGGAUGGACGGUUGUUUUAUCAAGUUUUAUUGCUGUUGGUAACAAGCAAGGCGAAUGGAAGUGAUCUUGAAUUGUCCGAUAUUUCAAAACGAAAGUACGAAUCUCUCGUCAAGGUUGCAUCAUCUUUGCUAGACGAUGAGGAAAAACUUGAAGCGUUUCCUAUCAUCCAUUGUCUUGAGAAACACUUGGCUGAUUCUACGCAGGUAAAGAAUGUAGAUUUCAAACAUGGUGUGCUAGAGAUGAAAUACGUGAAGGAGAGUAAAGAUGGUUUGAUCAAAAUGGAGUGCUUGUUGUUGAAUGAAUACGCAGGGAAGAUUCUUGAGAAUACAUCAGUAAGGAAGCUCGAUAUAAAGGAUCCAGAUGUCGCAGCUUUAGUUGUGAGCGGAAAUAAUUUUGACGAGAAAUAUCAUUGGCAUUCCGAAAGGCCACUCACUGAUGAGUAUAAAAGAACAGCAGAGAGUAACAACAGUAAUCAAGAUAAAUAUGCAAGAUUUAUGCAGAGAUAUGGACAGUCAUUGCAUGGUGAAGUAACCUACAAGCCAAUUGUCGUUAAGGAUACAACAAUCAAGAGUCACAAGAAAACGAGCAAGAUUUCACAGAAAGCCCUAGCUAUUCAACAAGAUAAUUCCCAGACGAUAGAGGAAAAGGAACUGAGAAAAGAAGAGAAUUCGUGGACGAGCGAGAAAGAAAAAGUUCAACAGUACAAAGACGAAGGAAAACUUGACAAAGCACUUCAGGAACUCGAUCGCUUUCUUAAAGGAGUAAACAAGCGAAAGAUAAAAAUUGAUGUACAGCUAACGAGAGCACGAAUCUUGUGGGAGAUGUGGAAGGAUUAUUGUCAUACAAAUGAGGAAGACGAUCGAGAUGGAAGUAGGGCCGAGAGUCUCUUUCUUACGGUACAAGAUUUAGUUGAAAACUAUAAAGAAGAUCUCUCGAAUAAAAAUAAAGAUACUCUUGGUGAGUACCUUGACGCGAUUGGUUUCAAUAAUAUUGUGGUGAAGAUGAAUUUGACAACAAAGGAAUUCGAAGCUAACGAUGAAUACAGUUUGAGAACAUCAAGCUCCAGAUUCCAACUGCACAACCUUGGCGAUCAGUUAAAGAGAGAAUCACGGACUGAUCGGGACAAUAGAAUUGAUCAUUUUAUUCCCGAAACAUGGCAAAGAAAGAUGUUGGAUGCAGUUGAUAACAAGCAGUCAGCGUUGAUUGUCGCACCAACAUCUUCUGGGAAAACAUUUGCAUCGUUUUAUUGCAUUGAACAAGUGUUGAAAGAGGAUAAUGACGGUGUCGUUGUUUACGUCUCGCCGACUAAAGCUUUGGUCAAUCAAGUUGCAGCAACCUGUUGUGUAAGAUACAAAAAGAAAAUGCCUCCAGGAAAAAGUGUUUAUGGUGUGUUCACUCGUGAUUUUCGUCAAAACGCCCUUACAUGUCAAAUUCUCGUCACAGUUCCCCAAUGCCUUGAGAUUUUACUUCUCUCCCCUGCCAGACAAGAUUGGGUUGAGAAGAUCAGAUAUGUUGUAUUUGAUGAAGUUCAUUGUAUUGGUUCAGAGAUUGGGGCUGAGGUAUGGGAACAUCUCUUGCUCAUGAUUCGCUGUCCAUUCCUGGCCUUAUCUGCGACUAUCAGGAAUCCGGACGAUCUUCAUAGCUGGUUGCAAAAUGCUGAAAAUGAUAAACAUUAUCGUGACACUAGAAACAACACAAUUCGUCCAAAUGCACCAAAAUCCUAUAAAGUCGACCUCAUAACGUACAACGAAAGAUAUAAUGAUCUCGAGAAGUUCAAUUAUCUACCAGGCCAGUCCAAGCCGAUGAUUGAGCAUAUUCAUCCGUGUUCAGUAAUAACCUCUCGUCAGCUGAAGCAUUCAGGUACAUUCCCCGCACAUGUGAGUCUUUCGCCAAGAGAAACUUUGGCUUUCUACGAUGCAUUCCAGAAGGUUUUCAAUGAAGAGGAUUCUUUAUUGAGACUGACUCCAGAGUCCCACUUUCAGGAUGAAACAUUCAUCACAAAACAAAGCGUUAGAUCGUAUGAAAAUGCUUUGAAAGAUGAGUUUAUGAGCUACGUCAACAAUAAUGAUAAGCGAGUGGAAAAGGUUAUUGAUAGUCUAUCUCCAAGUCGUGCGAUAGAUUGGUCGGAUUCAAAAAUAUCAAAAAGAGAUGCUCUCGCUUCCCAGAUUUUCCCACUUGUCGAAGAAUUGAAGGAAAAAGACCAACUACCUGUUAUAGUUUUUAGUUUUGAUCGGAAUUUGUGCGAACGGUUUGCUGAGAGAUUAAUACAUCGCCUACAGGCAAAGGAGGAAGAGCUUCGUAAAGGUAAAGCUAAAGAUAAAGAAAAACAAGAGCGAAUAAAAGCAAAAUUGGAAAAACGACAACGUGAUAGAGAAGAGGAGGUCGAGGUGAUGCGAAAGACUGAAUCAUCUGGGCAUGAUUCGUUCCAUCGUCAAAAAAAGACAACCGCUGAAACGGCAUGUUUCCUAUUUGAUAAUGCUCCAUCAGAAAGUUGUAGUUACGCUGGGAUAGGUGUUCUAGAUGAUCAAGAUGCUCAGGUCAUCGUUGAGAGGUUGGAAAAAUCGAAGGGCAUUAGCGUUGAUGAAGUCUUUAAGGAAGGACUAAGACGUGGAAUUAGUUACCAUCACGCCGGAAUGCCAGGCAAACAGCGUGGUGUUGUCGAAAUGUUGUUUCGAAAGAAAUUUUUAAGAGUUGUGUUCGCUACUGGGACAUUGGCACUAGGAAUUCAUAUGCCAUGUAAGACGGCCGUGUUUGCGGACGACUCCGUGUUUCUUAAUACUCUUCAGUAUCAUCAGAUCUCUGGUAGAGCAGGACGGCGUGGUUAUGAUCGGAUUGGACAUGUCCUUUUCUUCGGCAUACCUCAAGCAAAGAUCCAGCGUCUUAUGACAGUCAGCCUGCCUCGUAUCAUUGGAAAUUUUCCUCUGAAUGUGUCAUUGGUGUUGCGCUUGCUUCUUCUCGUGAAUAAUGUGAAAGAACGUGAAAUUGCUAUGAGUCAAGUUUUAGCACUUCUUCAGAAUCCGCUGAUUUGUAAGAAUCAACCUGAACUUGAUCUUCAGUUGAAACAUCACUUUCUCUUCAGUGUAGAAUUGUUGGUACGCCAGGGACUGCUUAAUGAGAAGGGUCAUCCUCAAGGUUUAGCUGGUUUGGCCACCCACCUUCAUUAUCACGAACCUUCUAAUUUCAUCUUGGUCACAUUCUUACGUGAUGGACUUUUUCAUGAUAUAUGUCGCAGUGCUAGAUCACGUGAUGGCACAUUCUCCAAAGAUUUCUUGAAAUCCCUGGUAGUUUUGUUAAGUCAUCUGUUUGCUCGACGUAAACUGCACAAAAUAGUAUUACGUCGUAACCGCAGCACAUCUAAAGUUCUACUGGAAGACUUACCAGCAAAGUUCAAAAUUGGUCUUCAGAAAUACAACAAAAAAGUUCGCGAUGUGUUUGAUCUGUACCUGCGUACAGUGGCUGGUCAUGUCUACGACACUUUAGGAGAAGAUGUCACAUUACCAUUAUCCCGCACAAAGCUGAUUUCAUCUGAGAGUUACGUUGUUCCGUCACCAGCAGUAACAUUAGAAGAUAAACUAAAGUCUAUUGCUAUUCCGUAUAAAGCAUGUUCUGCGUUCGCAGCAUUAUCUGGCAACUCAGACACCAAGCUGUAUAGUUCCCAGGAUCUUCUAUCUAAUAUUCGAUAUCAGGUCUACACGGAUGUUAAAGUUAUUCCCACUUUGGAAGAUAAUGUAGACCUUAACGCUUACGCAUACGAUUUCUUUAACCAUGGCAACCAAAAAGCGUUAGUAAACGAGAAUGGUUUAAUGCAUGGCGAUGCUUAUAAUCUAGUUAAAGACUUUAUGUUGGUUCUGAAGUCCAUUUCUGUCUCGCUAGCUGAGUUGGCUCCAGAUAAAGGGGAUGAUGACGUCAUCCGAGCAUUUACACAGCUCGCCGAAGAAUAUGAAUCAACAUUUAACGAGGCUUUCAAACGUUGAAAUAUGAUGGCUUCAGAAAGAUCAUAACAAUAUCCUUGAAAUGUUGUCGAUAUACAGAGAUGUUGUUGAUACGUUGAGAUAAUAUUUGGUAUCGUUAGUUAAUGUUGAAGAGGAAAUCGCACGUAUAAAACUAUAUACAUACAUUUGGUUUAUAAUUUCAUAUUUAUGGUUUACUUAAUUAGUUUGCAUAUUGUAAAAUAUACCCGAACAUUGAACUGGAGAAUGGAUACUCAACAUAUAACAAAACAGGCAAAAACAAAGAAAAAGCCUGGAGUAAAGAAUUUCUUAUCAUCUCCAUAUUCAUUGACUCGGCCCAAACUUGAUAAAGGUGAUAACAAAAACAUACUUGAUGGAAUAAUAAGUGUAUUUCCCCCGGGUGGAAUCAAAAGAGAGAAGCCAAAAGAUGUGUCACAAGGCGAAAGUCAGUUUGUAUCUUGGGAAUUGGUAAAGAAUUCCUUAGUUUUUGGUGUCAAUUCUGUCACAAAAUCUUUGGAGAAGGAUAAUCUUAUGUUAGUUUUGGUGUGUGGAUCAACAAAACCUGCCAUUCUAAGCAAUCAUUUGAUGUUACUAAGUGCUACAAGAUCAACACCUUGUUGUGCAGUGUUUGGUCUUAGUGAAGUAAUGGCUCCUCUUCUUGGAUUAAAAACUGUAGCUGCUUGCGGUUUUAAGAAGAAUAUCACUGCAAACAUUUUGAAAGAUCUUAUGGAAUACAUUGUGUGCAAAAUACCUCCAUUACCAGAACAAUAUCUAGAAGUAUGGAACAACAACGGGCAUGAAAUUUCUGACAUUUCACGAGGUAUUCGUGAAAACAAAAUGCAAGGUGGUGUUAAUCGGAAUGUUUCAAACUUACCUUCCCAAACCGAGCUAAAUAAAGAGCAAAGCCAAAAGAACACUUCUGUUUUGCGAGGAAAGAAAAGGAAACUUGAUGCUACCUACGUUAAAACUAAAAUCAAGACAUUACACCCAAGAGAAACGCCAAAAAUUAAAAAGAAAAGGAAAUUUCUGAAAAAACCUCGUAAGCCUUAGAGUUAGAUCGUGGUCAUCAACUUUCGUACGAAAAUAAAGCAGUAAUUAAAUAGAUUUUGAGAGGGGGGGAAUAACUUGGUUCUUAUAAAAGCCUUUUUUUAGCUCGCUG